AAACCACUCUGUUGUUUAUUAAAGGUGUUCACCAGAGUUUUGACAGAACAUACUCUACUGUGGCCAAGCGUCAGCCAACAGGAGAGAUCUUGGGUGGGGCUUCAGUCAUUCACACCAAUAUUUUGGGUUAUAGCACAAAACAAAUACACUUAAAUUGAUCAUUAUGCAUACAAAUUCAAACCAGCAAUACAUCCAUUCAUCCAUCCAUCCAUUCUUUGUACCACUUAUCCUAUACAAGGUCGCGGGGAGCCUGGAGCCUAUCCCAGGAGACUUGGGGCACAAGGGGUGCCAACCCAUCGCAGGGCACAAUCGCACACACGUCAAACAAUUUGGAAAUGCCAGCUGGCCUACAAGGUAUGGCUUUGGACUGGGGGAGAAAACCCCCGAAGUGGAAGUGGGAAUCGAAUCUCCAACCCCAGAAGUGUCUGUCUAAACAUACAUGUUAAAGUACACCAACCCAAUUUUGGCCACAUCACAUGCAAAAGGUUUUGGAAGAUAAUCUGUAACACCUGUUCCUCGAAAGCACUUGUAUUCAUUGUGUCUCUCUGAGGCAGGGGUGUAGUACAGAGAGUACAGAGACAGUGUGUGUGUGCGUGUGAGAGAGAGAGAGAGAGGAGCAUGAGGAUGUAGUGUACGGCCGGGAGGAGACACGCCUUGGUGUGUGUGAGUGAGAGAGGUCUUUGUGUUCCUGCUGCAGUGGGGGGAGUGAAUUCAGCAUCGCACACAAGGAAACCAGACAGCAGGAAGCUCUUGUCACCUGCGUCUUUGCUUCUGCCAUCAUCACACCAGAAUGAUUUAUUUUUUUAUUUAUUUUUAAAGAAACAUCAAAUGAAAGGUGGAUUUAUUUCUUGUUCUUAUUUUGCUUUUCCCAGAGAGGAUUUUUUCAGUUUCUUUUAUUACUCUGGAUUAUUAUCAGUGAGGGAGAGAGAGAGAAUGAGAAUUACACUCCUCUUUUAUACAUCUGACUUUGUACCUCCACUCCUUUGUUUGCAUUCUUCUUUCGCUUGCCUCAGCUGACUGGCUGAUGCUUACUUGUUUGCUUUUUUUUUAUAGAUUUCUUUGCUAUUUUUUCUGUUUUAUUAAGAUAAGAGGACUAUGGAACAGCGAACAUGAGGAAAACUAGUGCAACUGGGACAUUUAGUGAAAAUAAGUGAAUUGGGCAGUUAAAAAGAAAUAACAGGAACUAGGAGGAAUGAGUGAGGGAAAAUGAGGAAAACAAGAACUAGGGAAAUGGAUAACAAGACUAGGAGAAAAAGGAGACUGGAAGAACUAGGGAAAAUAUAAGUUAGAUGAAGAAGGUGAGUAAGGAGAGCUAGACAACACAGAGUUGGGGAAACUCUGGGAAAGUAGAACUUUGACAAAUGGGGAAAACUACAACAAUUAGGGCAAACCAGAGAUCUUGGGAAAGUAACAAGACUAUGAAAACUAGGGAAAUUAAAACUAUGUGAAUUCAGAGUGCUGGGGAAUCUACAAAAACCAGGGCAAAUCACAGAACUACGCACACACAGAGAAACAGCAAUGGAGGUCAGAGUAAAAGUGGAAACUUCCAAAAUGUAAGUACACACUUAUUGCACACACUCACUGGAACAUAGAGUGAGACAGACACAUUCAUACAUAUGCUUUUUUUUUUUUUUUUUUUUUUUCAAAUUUGGUGCUUGAGUUAAGAGCAUCUUGAUAUCUGAUGGUGACCAAAGAGACAUUCUGAGCUGAUCAUUACGAUCAAAAACACAUGAACACGUGUGUGUAUUUCCAGAUGAGUUGCAGUUUGCUGUGUGUGGAAUUUUGUUGUGGUAUUUUCAUCCUCUGGACGAGAGAGGUGUAGAGUGGUAAAAUUGUAGCAGUGAUCUCUUGUUGCGGUCAGGAUGGGGUGUAACAUGUGCGUAAUGCAGAAGACUGCUGAGCCGUACCAGGUCACAUUCCAGAUUGACACUAAAGAUCUUUCUAGACUCACUCAGGAUCAGACACGUGCGCCUCGAAGUUGUGGAAGCUGGAGGCGGGGCUUCAGGACAAAAGGGGUUGUGGCCAGAAGAGGCAGCUUGUUGGUUGAUUGUGUAGACAGUGGGACACAGACAGACGUUAGCUUCAAGAACAAUCUUAUGUCAAGCUCCAUCAGAUCAUCGUCUCCUCUUCUGGAUUCUUUACCAGAGCCAUACCAAUUAAGUCGAGUGCCUAUUUUAGAUCCUGUGCACUAUGAUCCAAUGGAUUAUCUGGAUAUUAGUCAGCAUGAAGUGGACAGACAGAGUAUCCUGGAGUAUCAGAUUAAUGGUUUGCAUGUACAGGAUGGAGAGGAAGUUGUUGCCAUUUUGACCUCUGAAGACAGAACCAACAUUUCACUACUACUGGCCAGACCAGAGGACGAGGCAGAGGAUUUGGAGUUGGACCAGGAACUCCUGCAUCAUGUGUCUCAAUUUCCUGGUUUUCAUCACAGCGAAGUGGAUGUCCUUCAUGCCAGUCAGAAUCAAAUCUUCUGGAACACGUCGCUUGGCAACAGCCAGGAAGUAGACAGUGGUAUGGGACAGACAGAUGAAAGCGCAAGAAAAGAAGCGUCAUCGGAACACGAUCUUUUGGGAAGCAUGCAGAAUUUCAGCAGGAAGCCACAUGCUUUAGAUAUUGCAGACUUGCUUAUUGUGCAUAAUGGGGCAGCAACCAUGAUGGAUGCAUCAGAGGAGAAGGACGAGCAACACCAGAAAGCUUGUUUUUGCUACGGAAGAAACUGGAAACCCUUUAACCUGCUGGAUGAUGAUUCAAGCGAAAGUGUGAAGAAUGAGAAACCAUUUCAGGAGGAAGAAGUGAACCACCUGCAGUUCAAACAGCGCAACGUGCAGAAAGUGCAGUCGCCGAAGAACCAGCAUGUAAAGAAUGACCAAAUGGAGGGUGACACGAGGGGAAUGAGGCUAUGUCACAAUUCAUCCAUCAAUCCUGAGCAUGAGAAGUCAGAUAAAGAGAGCACUAGUGCCUAUAACACAGGAGGUGAGAGUUGUAGGAGCAUGCCACUAGCUAGUGAGCAUUACCCAUCAUCUUUUGCUACUGAUGAUUCCAGGACUUGUGUGACAUUGCACCCUCAACCCCUCGGGGCCAUCCAAAAAUGUGACCUUGCUAACAAUACUAAGAACCCAGCAAUGGCAUUUUACGAUGCCAGAAAAGGUUCCCAUAGAAGCAUGAAGAUGAAUGUGGCAUCUCCUAGAGGAGGAGCUAAAGGAUCCCAAUGUCACUAUGGAACUGAAGCACUGCAAUGGAACCAACAUUAUGUAGACUCUAAAAGUCUGGAAGUUCAGAAAGUCAUGACCGAGGACCCUACUGGUGGAUCAAGUAACUUCCUGCUUAGUGCUAAUACAUUAAAUGUGCUGUCGUCUUCUGAAACAUUAGCAUUUGCUUCACCCUGGAUGGAGCAGAAGGCAAAAAUGAUUGAAGCUUCAAAACAUCGUCCCAUCAGGGCUCAAAUUCUUAAAGCAAGAGCUGUGAGAAUCAAUGAGGAACGAGGAGGCUUGACCACGGACGAUGAUGCUGUUAGUGAGAUGAAAACAGGACGAUACUGGAGCAAAGAAGAGCGCAGACAGCAGCUGCACAGAGCCCGAGAGCAACGCAGUCGGCGCGAAAUGAUGAUGCAAAGCCGCCUGGACUUGCUGAGAGACAGAAAGAAGGACCAGGAGACCAUUUUGGAGCUCUGCCAAAGAAGGAGUAUAAAAAGAAGGAGUCGUCGUAUUUUGGACAACUGGACCACCAUUCAAGAGCUUCUGGCUCAGGGGACUCACUCAGCAGAUGGAAAGGCAGUGUACAGUCCUCUUCUCUCUGUAACUACAGUCUGAAUCAGGGAGGUUGUGACACUAAAGGGGGUCUGUCUUCAGGCUGAAACUGAAGUAGCUAUAGUGUGAUUUAGGGGAAGCCCAGAGAGAAAGGGUUAGGGUUAGUAAGGAACUUGAACGGGUAAAAAUAUUCACAACUGUGGUGAAAGGAAAAAGCCCAUCAUUUUUUGAAAAACUGGUCAGUGAGGCAACCAUCUGAUCAUACACUGUGAAUAAGUGUGACCUGACAUCUUAAUAGCAUAUAAUUGCAUAGCAGAAAACAAGCGUGGGUACUAAGCAACAAGUCAUAAUUCACACAGACACAAAUAAUGGCACACACUGCGCUAUUAUGGCACUGCUGCUUGAGUUCAAAGCUUUAAAAUCAAAUCACUAAAUGCACAUACUGGCAUUACCACCAUGGCCACAUAACAGCAAAGUUAUUUAAGUUACUGAAGAUCAUUUGAUGGGCUUUCUCCUCUUAACACAGUUGUGAUGUUCUUUAAUUCCAAACCCCAGGCUCUGACAAUGGAGAUUAUAAUGGAGAGACAAUAAAUUGAA